UUGAUUAGGAAACGGGUGCAGAAUCUAAACAGAAAGGACGGCCUCCUUCUUGUUAUGCGGCUAAGAAACAACGAAAGAGACAAAAGGCCCUCGUCGCCGGCCUUUCCCACGACUCCCGCACAUUCCCAACCAACACCCUCAUCACCCCACUGCUUCGUCGUCGGCUGGCCCGUACGUCCUCGCUCUCGCCGUCGCUCACUGAUACCAUAUAGAGUCAUAGAGUUUCACACACACCCCAACCACAACCCCCAACCACAACCAAAAAUGCGCUCCGCACUCUUCGCCCUGGUCGCCGCCGUCGCAGGCUCCGUAAACGCAAUCACUGUCCUCGAAGCUCUCCGCGCAAACGCUGGGACCGCCCAAGUCGCCGCCGCCAUCGCUGCUCACCCGGAGUGGGCCGCUGCGACCCCAAAGACCUUGAUUGUUCCUACUGAUGCGAGCAUUGUCGCUGCGAGGGCAAGGGGGAAUCUGGCCCCUACGGAUUUGGGAUUUGUUUUUUUGCCUACUGCUGUGGACCAUAGGGAUAAGGCUAACUACAAGGUCUUGAAGGCCCCCCAGACGGCCCUUCUGUUCGACAACUACGUUCCCGCCGGCCCACCGGAGAUCCACGUCCGCUCUUCCACCCAGCAGGGCCUCAUCACCAAGGCCGUCAACUGCGAUGACGGUUUCUUCUACGUUUCCAACAUCCCCUUUGAGGCCGCGGUUGUGCCCUCGAAGGCAAUCGUCGCCAACCCGGCCGCCACCUCCUUCCUCGCUGCGUUCACCAAGCUUGGACUGGUCGCCACCCUGGACUCGCUGACCGAUGUGACCAUCUUUGUCCCCACGGAAGCCGCCAUGGCCGCCGCCGCACCCGCUCUUGCCGCCUUGACCCCUAACCAGCUCGCCUUUGUCCUGGCCACCCACAUUGUCCGCCCCGCCAAGUUCAGCACGGAGCAGGACAACGUCGCCAUGACUUCCCUCAGCGGCCUCGCCCUCCCAUACACCGUUGUCGGUGAGACCGCUUCCCUCGGCGGUGCCGCGAUCGGAACCCUCGUUGACGUGCCCACCUCCGCUGGCGCCAUCCACACUCUCAACUCCGUCAUCAUCCCCGGUGUCGCCAACCUGCCCCCCGCCGCCCCCGGUGCCCCUACCAUGUUUGGAACCAUCCCCAUCGUCGCCGGUGGUGCCACCGCACCCAACUCCACUGUUUCGUCCGUCGUCGGUAACCCCACCACCUCUUCUACCGCGACCGUGACCAGGCCCAUAACAUCCUCCCGCGUUACUGCCGCCGCGACCCGCCCCGCUGUCGCUACCAGCGUUGCACCUGUUGUGUCUGCGACUCCGUCGGCGGCUGCCACUGCACCUAACUCUGGCGCCAACUCUAUUGCUGGGUCGUUUGCGGUUGUUGCUGCUGCGGCUGCUGGUGUCGUCGGUCUUGCCUUUUAAAGGUGACAUUUUCCCCAUAUCAUAGUUUACACAUGGCGUCACUUUUAGUUUUGUGAGACGGCGUAGAACAUUUCAUACAGUAGAUGUGCUCUUUGCACAGACAAUUUAUCCCCCUCCAUAUUCCUCUACCCACCCACCGUAUAUACAGGCCUAUAUGCAUAGAUAGAUGGGGAGUGGUAUCACACAGUUCUGUCAUGUUGAAUUCGCAUCAAUAUAGUCAUAAUCCGAGUUCAGUCCGUUGCAAGACGUUCAGCUUUCCUUUGUUCUUUUGUUUCGUGACCCGACACAUAUUUGGUGAGUUCAAACAUCGGAUUAUGAGCAGUACGAAUAGGGAAAAACGAGGGGGAGGG